GCAGCAGGAGGAGGAGGAGGAGGAGGAGAGGAAGUUCUGGAGGAACUUGUGGAGUUUUUUUGGAGUUUUCUUUUCCUCCCUCAGUUCCGUUAACGGUGCAGCAGAGGGGACGUCAGCAUCACCGAACCCGAGGAACCGAACAGCGGGAUCAGAAGAACCAGGAGAGAAGAUCAGAAGUUCGUUGGGCGCGUGCUGGUGUUCUGAUGAGAAGGGAGAAGCUGUGGAGGAGAAGCUGGACGCGAUGUGACUGGAGCGAUGCCGUGUAGAAACGGACUCACGGGCUCCGGGAGAAAACAUGGCGUCUGUUUGUGUGCGCUCGCGCCGCCGCUGCUGCUGCUGCUGCUGCUCGCGCUCGCGGGUCUCGGGGCGGCGGCGGGAGAGACGGGCGCGUGCAGCCCGUGUCCCGGGAACUGCUCGUGCACCGUGGCGGCGCACGCGGAUCUCGGAGCGUGCGUGGUGAACUGCUCGGGCCGCGCGCUGGAGUGGAGCCCGUCCGUUACCGAGCUGCCCACGGACACGCACACACUGGACCUGUCCAGAAACUUCCUGUCCUCCGUGGACGCCGGACUGUUCGACCACCUGCCGGCCAUCAAAGAGAUGUAUCUGCAGAACAACCGCAUUACGGCUCUGCCUAACAAAGCGAUGGGGUGUGGCUCGCUAGCUGUGCUGGACCUGAGCUCGAACCCGUUCGUGUGCAACUGCAUGCUGGUGCAGUUGGUCAGGAGGCUGCAGCAAAAAGACGUGGUCCUGAGGAGAGCCAGUCAGAUGCUGUGCGACCGGCCGGCCAAACUGAAGGACCUCCCGCUCCUCAACGUCAGCUCGGACGACUGCGAGCUGUACUACGCCGGCUGCCUGCAGGACGACGCCCACCCCGGCGGCAGCGAGCUGGUGAUCUUCUCCUCCUCGGCCGAGGGGAACUUCUCGCGGCGGGAGUGCAACUCCAGAUGUUUCCUCGACAGGCAGCUGUACGGCGGCCUGGGGACCAGGGGCGAGUGUCUGUGCAGCACCAACUCCGAACCCAACCACAUCAGCGAGGCGCAGUGCUCGGCCGCGUGCUCCAACGCCACCGUCAUGAGGGACUGCGGCCUCACCGUCGCCCAGGACGUCUUCCAGGUGGACUUCACGGUUGGCGUCUGGCCCGUGCGCUCCAGCGUCCACUCCGAGGCCUCGUUUUCCGUCUCCUCCUCCGUCACGCCCGUCUCUCUGUACUGGGACUUCGGCGACUCGUCUCCCCUCCUGAACACGUCCGUCACCGCCGCGCGGCACAAAUACGGCCUGCCGGGUCGCUACCGGGUGAAGGUGGUCGCCGCGGCGGCGCACAAGGAGGCGACGGGCGUGGCAGACGUCGACGUGGAGCUGCCCCCGAGACUGGAGCUCCACUGUCCGUCCACGCUGCUGCCCGGUCAGAGCCUGGAGGAGGCGGUGACCCUGGUCAACUGGGGAGGAGCCGGAGUGUCCGUAGGCUGGACGGUCAAGAAGGACGACGCCGAGGUGGAGCGAGAUGAGCUGGUGUGUGUGCCGGAAGACGCCCCCCGUGUGAACUCCUCGAGGUGUUUCGAGCUGGUACCGGACGAGCUGAGCUGGGCAGAGGCCAGGCGCCGGUGCUCGGACCGCGGGGGCGAACUCGCCAUCGUCCAGAGCGACGUCGUGCUUGACCUGAUCGCCCGGCGAUUCACUCAGGACCGGACAGUCUGGCUGGGUCUCAGCGACGUGGACUCCUCCGGUACCCUGCGCUGGGUGGACGGCUCCUCUGCCGCGCCCGGUGGGGACGGGGUUCAGGAGAGCGGCGCCCCGGUGGAUGGAGACCGGUGUGUGUCUCUGGGCAGCGAUGGACUCACCAGCUCAGACCCCUGCGCUGCCAGGCAUGCCUACGUGUGCCAGUUUAAACGCCAGGCGCGUGUGUCCGACGCGGGCGUGUACCAAGUGGGCGUGGCUGUAUUUAACACCCAGACGAGUCUCACCCGUCCGAAUGUGUCAUCCAGCCCUGUAGCGGGCGCACCGGCCGGCGCUGUCGAGCUGCUCCUGUUCCCGUCCCUGAGUUUCGGACACAGCGGGCGCCUGGCGUCUCUGGAGCUGAUCACACGGUCUCUGAGCUCACACACACAGGUUCGCUUCCAGGUGUACCGGCCACACUGCCCACACCGUGGAUUACAGCUCCUGCUGCCAGAGUGCGGCGACCUCUGCAGCCCCGUGGCUCUGUGCCGCCCCCUGGACUCCACCCCCAACGAGACCGCCACCCCUCCCGCGACGUCCGCGCCACCGUGCCCCGCGUGGCAACAGUGGUGCCCGUACAAGGGCUCCUGUUCGCCCCUGGGGCAGCCCUGCCAUCCGGACCUGUGUCCCAACUGCUCGGGGGCGGAACCCUCGCCCGCUGGCACCGUGCGCCCACAAUACAGUCUGGUGGGGGAGGCACUGUUCACCCUGCCACCCGCACCCCCCACGAUCGUCUCGGUCCAGGAGACGAUCGAGGACCUCCUGGUCGCCCCGGGCGAUUUUAUCGGCCUCCAGCACGACGCCGGACCGUCCGGUUUGCUCGGCUGCGCCCCUGAUUCGUCCUCGCCGUGGAAACAGAGCCUGGUGGUCCAGAACCACUCCGACUGGGUGCGCGCCAACGAGACCCUGGAGGCGAACAGCCGCUGGAUGGAGGACGCGGUGUGCCCGAUCAGAGCGCUGUACGUGGGAAUGAACCACACCAAACUGCGCGGUCCGCUCCUCAGGGCCGGGUUACCCCAGGCGGGCAACUACAGCCUGGAGGUGACGUCGGACCACCCCGAUUACCCCGUCUCCGCCUCCUGUCCGAUACACGUCACCCCGCCGCUGCGCCUCACCCUGGUCUAUCCGGGCUACCAGAACGGCACCGUGUACUUCUCGCCCGAUCGGUCGUCCGUCCUGGUCAGGGUUCAAUCCGAGUACAGCGCGGUGGUCGGCACGCGAGAGGGCAACCGGACCGUCCCGUUCCAAAGCUCCUGCCCGGAAGAACUGCUCCCUAAAGUGGCGGAAUGCCGGACGCCCGGGGCGACUAACAACACCCUGUUCGCCUGGCUGGACCUCAGUCUGGACGUGACACCCGGAAGCACCAAGGUGGCGCUGUACGCCCGGAGCGAGGUGACCGACGACCAGCUGGAGGUCCAGGCGAGCGUUGAGGAGCCGCUGCGAGGGUUGCAGAUCCAGCCCCAUCCUGCCCACAGGGUCCUGAUGGAGACCGUAGUGAACUACGCGGCGUCCGUGGAAGGAGGAACUGACCCCUCGUUCAGAUGGACGGUGGACGAUAAGCCGUAUUUCACGUAUUACAACACCGUCCUCAACAUCAUCUACCAGAACCCCGCCGUCUACAAACUUACGGUCACGGCGUCCAACCACGUGAGCAGCCUGACGGAGAAUUUCAACGUGACCGUGGACCGGAUGAACCCCAUGAGCGAGAUCACGGUGCGGGGCGUCCCCGAGAUCGUGACGCAGGGGGAUCAGCUGACCCUGUCCGCCGUCGUCGAGGUGGACGUCUCGGUGAAUGCUACCUUCCAGUGGAUGUUCGGCGAGGGAGAUAAAACGCACUCCAGCCAUUUCACACCGCCGUACGACGUCUCGAACCAGAGCCCCGACCCCUCGAAAACACAGAUCAUCCUGCAGAACGAGGUCAAAUACGUCUACAGCCAACCAGGGGAGUACACCCUGAUGGUCUCCGUCUCCAACCGCUACGAGAACAGGAUGCGCAAGCUGGACGUGUACGUCUUCAGCAUCCUGACCUCGGUGGAGAUCGACACCGAGCCGGAGCUCCUGCGGGCCGGGGAGUUCGCCGCGUUCGAGGCGCACCCUUUACCGUCGCCGUACGGGAUCGUCUACACCUGGAACUUCGGAGACAACUCCAGCCUGCAGCAGGGCCGCGAGCGCAGGGUGCACCACGCCUACUCGCGCAGCGGCACCUACGCGGUGUGCGUCAACGUCAACAACACCAUAAGCAGCAACGACACCUGUAAGGUCCUGACGGUCUACGAGGACGUCCGGGGUCUGGCCGUGGCGCCGUCCGGUCCCACCGAGCUCAACACCCCUACGCUCGUCCGGGCCACCCUGGAAUCCGGGAACAACGUGAGCUGGAGUUUCUCCAUGGGCGACGAUACGGUGAUCGACCUCGAUCCGGGGGCGGAGCCUCGUGUGGAGCACAGGUACAAAAAGGAAGGGAACUAUACGGUCAACGUGACCGCGGCGAACGCCGUCGGCUCGCGGUGGGAGACCGUCCACGUGGAGGUGUUCGUGCUCCAGGUGUUGUGGUUGGAGCCCGCCGGGUGCGUCCGGGAAGGCGCCGAGAUCGACUUCCGCGCCCACGUGUCCGGGAACGCCUCGGCCCACCGGUACACGUGGAGUUUCGGUGACGAGACCGCCAACCGGACACGCGACGGGGUGCCCAGCGUGACCCACUUGUACGCCUCGAGCGGGAGUUACCACCUCUCGCUGCUCAUGUCGAGUGCCGCCAACAAGGCGAACUUCUUCACCUGGGUGUGCGUCCAGCCCGCGCUGACCAACGUCACCCUGCGACCCCUGACCAAGUACGUCAGACUCGGGGAGGAGAGCGUGUUCACCGUGAGCGCACACCCGAAAUUUGACUACACCUACUUGUGGAAUUUCGGACUCAGCGACUUCAGAAGCCCCAUCCCGGGGAACCGUACCAUGGCGUUUACGUACACCGGCGCCGGCGCAUACGUGGUAACGGUGACGGUCCUGAACAACAUCUCCUUGUGCAACAGGACGGCGCUGGUGGAAGUCCAGGAGCCCGUCGGGGUCGUGCUAAUACGUCACAAUGGCACCAGGGGUGGCAACUUGGCGUCGAGGCAGGACUACGCCUUCGCAUCGCUGUCAGACUUUGCGGACGCCGCGUUCGACUGGGACUUCGGCGACGGCACCCUUGUAUCUGGAGCCAACGUCACCCACGCCUACGAUUCCUCGGGUACCUUUACGAUCAGCGUCAUCGUAAGGAAUCAAGUGAGCGAAAACAGGAGCGAACUUGCGGUGACGGUGCUAUCCCCCAUCCAAGGACUGUCGGUCAACGCCAGCCUCGUGAGUGUCCCCCUGAACGCCACGGUCCACUUCGAGACCCACCUCGAGCAAGGGGACGGGGUGCGCUUCUCGUGGAUAGUCUGCGACCGCUGCACCUCCAUCCCCGGGACGUACAACAUGUUCUACACCUUCCGCUCGGUCGGGACUUUCAACAUCAUCGUCACGGCUGAGAACAACAUCAGCGUGGCCCAGGCUAGCAUAUACAUCUUCGUCCAGCGGGAGCUAGACGGUCUGCAGGUAGCCUCGGACGAGCUCGGGGACGGGUGCUGCUUCGCCACCAAUCGCGUCCUGCACCUGCACGCCGUCCUGAAAGAGGGCACCAACAUGUCCUUCGUCUGGAACGUCCUCUGCAACAGCGAGAACUUCACCGCAACGGGCCGGACCGUAGAGCUCAACUACUCCGCUCCCGGACCUUGCGAGGUCUUCCUGAGGGCAACCAACUUGCUCGGGACGUUGUCCGUCAACCGAACCAUCGAGUUCCUCGAUCUUGUCGGGGAGGUGGUCCUGACGGCUGAUCCGGACGCCGUGGUAGUCGGCGCCCGCGCCAACCUGACCGUGUUUACCUCGACGGGGAGCGACCCUCGGUACACGUGGUGGAUCGACGGGACUUGCUUGCCGCUCGACUCUUCGUCUCUUCUGCAUACCUUCGACCAACCGGGGAUGAAGCUGGUGCGCGUAGAAGUUUCAAACCGAGUCAGCGCAGAAGUCGGGUCGGUCCUGGUCAGCGUCCAGGAACCCGUUUCUGGCCUGGCGUUCGUCGCCACCAACGUAACCGAGCAGAACUUCGUCGCAUCCGGGGUCAACGUGUCUCUACUCGCCGACGUGCGAACCGGAUCCAACGUGUCCUGGACGUGGCUCCUUCCGGGAGGCGCGAGAUCGACCCGGCAGGUCACGUCCUGCGUCUUUCCGUCCCCUGGGACGUUCUCCGUGGCCCUGAACGCGUCGAACGACAUCAGUGGCGAGGUCCUGGAGCGGGACUUCUUCGUCCAGGACCGCAUCCAGGGGCUGGAGUUCAGGGCCAGCAAGAACAUUGUGGCGGUCGGCGAGAACGUCGAAUUCGGGAUCUCCGUGGCGUCCGGGACAUCCGUGAGCUACGCCCUGAGCAUAAGCGGCGACGCGACGGUCCACCCCAACCUGACCUACGUCCACCAGUUCAGCCGGGUCGACAACUACUACGCCAACCUGACCGCCUGGAAUCAGAUCAGCUCCGAGCGCAGGAACCUGCACAUCGUGGUGAUGGAACCCAUAACCAAGCUGACCAUCCUGGAUUGCUGCGAACAAGCCAUACCUGUCGGAGUUCCCAAGACCUUCGAGGCUCACAUAGCGACCGGCAACCAGGUGACCUACAUUUGGACGUUCGACCUCCAUCACGGAGUCAAGCAGACCCUCCUGGACUCGAAAGUGACCUACGUGCCCGAGGAGCCGGGAUUCCUGACCAUCAGCGUGUGCGCCCUGAACGCGCUCAACGUCCAGAACGAGACCAAAGACGUGCUCAUUCAGAACGUCCUCAAGCUGGCCACCCUGGAGGCCCAACCUCGAGACACUUUCGUCAACAAGACGGUCGUCUUCCAGGCCGGGGUGUCUCCGCAGUCUACCGCUCUGAGGUAUCAGUGGAACUUCGGCGAUGGGAGCCUCGUGAUUUCGUCCGACACCUCAUUGGUCACUCAUGUCUACUCGCUGCCUGGACGCUACCUGGCCCGCGUGAACGUCAGCAACUUUGUGAGCUUCGUUACUGCCCAGUUUGAGGUCAACAUCCGUGUCCUGGAGUGCUCGGAACCAGAAGUCCACGUGGUCCAAGCGCCGAGGUUGGCCAUCUGGAGGUCCAAGGCGUCUCUCGUAGAAGCGAAGGUCAACCUAAAAGGCUGUACGCGCUACACCUCCGAAUACCUCUGGGAGGUCUUUACCGCCCCUCAGUGUCAAGACUUUGAGAAUCACCUCUUUCCGCCCGCUAAGGUCUACCUUCCUGGAGAGGUCGACGCCCGGAGGCUCCAACUGUCGAUACCCAAGAUGUCCCUUCCUGCCAAGAACUACACCCUGGUCUUCUCGCUGUCCUAUAAAGGGAUCCCUUUGAGAAAGACCGCCUGCCUGCAGCUCUCGGUCAUGUCCGCCAAGUUGGUGCCCAUCAUUGAAGGUGGCACGUAUCGCGUCUGGUCCAAAACCCAGGACUUGCAACUGAACGCCAACCAAUCGUACGAUCCCAACUUAGAUCCGGAGAGUCAGACUCUCCUCAUGUACCACUGGGAGUGUCUGAACACCACAAAGGGAGUCUCCCACUGUUCCACUCUGAACCUCAGGCUGGGCCCGAAGGAUCUGCGUAUCUCCGGGUGGGAACUGGAGGUGGACGUCGAGUACACGUUCCGCCUGACCAUCAGUAAGGAGGGCAUGCAUGCGGAGUCCACCACUCAGAAGGUGUUAGUGAAGAGUGGUCGGAUCCCGAUCGUCUCUCUGGAGUGUGUGUCGUGUAAGGCUCUGUCCCGGUAUGAGAUCAGCCAGAACUCCUACGUCUACCUGGCUGGAACUUGCAGCAACUGCCACGGUUCCUACAGAGGGCGCUGGACCGCCAUGAACCGCCACAACGAGCCGCUAGUCCUGGACCUCAACACCACGACAACGAGGCAGGACAGCAUGAACCUGGUGCUGAGAAGGGGGGCGCUGCGGGAUGGAGACUCGUACACCUUCAGCCUGCACAUCACCGACGACAGCAUGGAGCAGGAGGGCGUGGCUAACAUCGAGCUCCGCCCAAACCACCCCCCCGCCGGGGGGACUUGUGUGCUGUGGGCGGACGAGGAGGGACCAGUGCACACACUUCUGCAGAGGGUGCACUUUAACUGUACAGGCUACACCGAUUUGGACGAGUCCGAGUCCCCUCUGGUCUACAGUUUGCUGGUGUUACGUUGUGCCGAAUCCAGCUGCGAGGACUUCUGCGUGUACAAGGGGACGAGUCCAGAGCACUCCACCUUUCUCCCACCGGGCUUCAGCUCCUCCCAGUACAGGGUCUCAGUCUCGGUCACAGUCGAAGACCACCAGGGGGCGUCGGUCACUGCCCUGAACAAGACCAUGACGGUGGUGCUACCUCAGGUCCCCGAUGGGUAUAGCAGCCUCGCCCACUGGUUGUACGUGCUGACCGACACCAUGCUGAAUAAGCUGCUGAAACAGGGCGACUCCCAGAGCGUCCGCGAGCUCUCGCUCGCCCUCGUUACCGUCCUCAACGAGUAUGAGCAGAGGUCGCCGCGGCGGAGGGAGGGCGUGUCCAGGCAGGAGAGACAGUACAGGGUGAGCGUGAGAGGGAACGUCACCCGAGCUCUGACGUCGCUGGACCUCAACACGGUCAGCGACAUCCAGCAGACCUCGGCCGCCCUGGCGCAGUGCACGGCUCGGGAAUUCGUGUGUGAGGAGUGUCAGAACAGCACCCUGAACAAACUGGAGUCGAUGCUGGAGAUCCUGCAGACGGACACCAAGCAGGGCACCGUCACGCCCACCGAGAUCGCCGACAACAUCCUGAACAUCAUGGGAGAUCUGAUCCACCAGGUGAACCAGGCCGCGUCCCUCUCGUCGGACGAGUCCGAGGACCGGGUCUCCGGGUAUCCGGUACCGUCCCUGCAGUCCUCGCUGCUGGACCAGCCGCACCCCCUGCGCGUCGCCGCCAAGGCCUACACCCUGUCCUCCGAGCUCAUGCAGAUCCUCAUGCUGUCCCGCGUGCUCAACGAGGAGCCGCUGAUCCUGCGCGGGGCCGACAUAGCGGCCGCCGGGAAGCGGGCCGACCCGCACAGCCUGCUGUGCUACGGGCAGAGCGACGCCCCCGAGUGCCGCCGCUUCUCCAUCCCGCGGGCCUUCAACUCCAGCCUGGGGAACACCCUGAGCACCAACGGGCUCGCCGGCGAGGGCGUGGUGCAGCUGCUCUUUCAGGUGGAGCCCAACCCCUUCCCGUUUAACUACGUCCCUAACUAUACGGUGUCCACCGAGGUGGCGUCCAUGGAGUUCCGCACGGUGAACGGCACCCAGAUUCCCAUCGCAGACCUGGACGAGAGCCAGGCCAUCACCGUCGCCCUGAACAACGGCACCGCGGCGAGGCUGGACGGGGACGGCACCGUGGUCAAGCUGGAGCCCGUGGGAGCGGUGAAUGUCAGUCGGUGCGGUUCGGUGACCAUCAGGGUCAGCACGGGGAACAACAACGAGCGAGCUGGAGUCUACGUCCAGCUCAACUUCACCGUCCUGAAGGAUUCCCCAGAUAAUCCAGAAGACGACCCGUCCAUCAUGGCCUACCUGCACACGUCCGAAUGGCCUAACGAGUACAACAGCACUGACCGCAAACGCAUCACGCUCAGCACGGUGCGGGGAGGGAGUCCGGACCACCAGCUCUACACCUUCUUCCUCUCUCCACUCGUGUACAACACCACCCAGGAUCACUUCAUCAACGUUACGGCGGGCUGCACCCCUCGCUGGCCCGCUCAGGUCCGGGUGGAGGUGGGCGUGUUCACGGCGCUCUGUCAGUACUUCAGCGAGCUUGGGCGCAUGUGGCAGACGGACGGCAUGGUGCCCCUGCCGGAGACCAGCGCCGGACGGGCCGUGUGCAGCACGCGCCACCUGACCGUCUUCGCGGCCAGUCUGUUCAUCCCGCCGCACGCCGUCACCUUCACUGUUCACGACGCUGUAACCGGACGCAGUAUGGUGGUGCUGCUGGUGUGUGUGGUGUGUUUACUCUGUUACGCCGUGGCGGCUCCGUUGUUGAGGAAACUGGACCAGUUGGAUCUGAGACGGGCGUCUGUGGUUCCUCUGUGUGGGAAAGACGGACUCUACAAGUACGAGGUCCAGGUGAAGACCGGCUGGAGGAGAGGGGCAGGCACCACGGCUCACGUGGGCAUCAGCCUGCACGGCAGCGAGAGUCACAGCGGCCACCGUCACCUGGAUCAAAUCGGAGCGUUCGCACGCAACGGCCUGGACAUCUUUCACGUCGCCACCGACUCCAGCCUGGGGAACCUGCUCAAGAUCCGGGUGUGGCACGACAACAAAGGUCUGUCCCCUGCCUGGCUGCUGCAGUACGUACUGGUGAAGGAUCUGCAGUCUGGAAGCUCGUACUUCUUCGUGGUGGACGAGUGGCUCUCCGUGGAUAACGAGAGGACGGGCGGCAGGGUGGAGAUCGAGGCCGAGCCCUUAGAGGAGGCGGAGCUCCGGCGCUGGCCCCGCCUCCUCUCCUGGGAGCUCCAGCGGGGGGUGUGUGAGGGGCACCUGUGGGUGUCGCUGUGGGAGAAGCCGGGGCGGAGCCCCUUCACCCGCCUGCACCGGGGCACCUGCUGCUGCCUGCUGCUCCAGCUCCUCCUGCUGGCCAACACCGUGUGGUACGCCACCGUCACCUACGCCCACAGCUUGGUCCCUGUGUCGGAGCAGGUGCCCCUGGACGCUGAGGUGCUCGGGGUGGGCGUGGUCAGCUGUCUGGUCAUCUAUCCUCUCUACCUGCUCAUCUUCUGCCUCUUCAGGCUCAGUCGCAGCAAGGUCACCGUGGAGAAACUCCCCCCCCAGGUGGAUCAGGAGUCUCUGGAGAUCGACGACUUCCUGGACAACUCCAUGACCGGAAGCUCCUUCCUCAUAUUCAACGGGAUUCCUACAGAGACGUACUCGGAGGAGACGAACAUCGACCUGCCCACACCCUCAUCUAAAAGGUGGAGCCUCCCGGACGGCGAGUGGCCGGAGGGGGCGAGCGAGCCGUCAGUGGAGAUGGCGGCCGGGUUUCCUCCUCGUCUGAAGCGAGGGCAGGGCAGCAGGCACCUGGGCGUGGACAUGGCCUUCAACCCCGACGAGGACGAGGCGGCCGGGCGCGACCACAGGAACAAAUACUUCACCUCCUCCGAUGAAGAUCUGAUCAAGCGGAUCCUGACGGACGGACAGCUGCUCCCUCAGGACAGCGAAACGGGAGAUCUCUCCAGUAUAUUCGGGGAUAAGACCGAGGUGAUCCUGCUGCAGAAGAUGAGCGACCCCGUCCCCGCGGCUGUAAGGAAGGAGCCGCCCAAAACCGCCUUCACCUCACGCACAGUGGAGAUGGACGUGUGUAAGCCCAGGCCGCUCCCGUCGGCGUGUGGACUGGCGGCUCUCUGGGGGAGCUGGACGGCUCUGAUCCUGUCCAGCGGCGUGAUGAUUUGGUUGGGACUGAGCCUGAGCGAGCGGGUGGCUCUGAUGUGGUUGAUCUCCUGCAUGGUUGGAUUCCUCACGUCCUUCUGCGUCCUGGAACCUCUGAAGGUGCUGAUGGAGGGGGCGUAUUUCGGGCUGAAGGUGCGCCGCCUGAGGCCGGAGGAGGGCGACGUGCUGGUCGACUGCCCCCGAGUGGAGAGGGUGGUGCAGCGAGUGCCCAGGGUCCGGCCGCCUCAGGGCUUCGCCCUGUCUCAGGCCCGGGAGGAGGCGCGCAAGGUCCGCCUGCUGCACCGCAUGCUGACGGGCUUUUCGCUGUACAUGCUCUUCCUGCUGGUCGUCCUGCUCCUGAAUUACGCCGAUUCUAGCCGAGACGCUCAUCACCUGAGACUCCGCGCCCAGCUGGAGGACCACGUCCGCUCGCACCACGCCAACGUCAGCAGCCGAGACGACGUGUGGGCGUGGCUUUCUGAUUCGCUGUUGCCGCGACUACUGGACGGCCCCGCCCUCAUGAAAUCCACAGGAAGCCUGUUGUUAGGAAAGCCGCGCCUGCGCCAGCAGAGAUCCCGACCAGCCUGCCCAGCGAGCGGAUAUUUCCCAGCAUCCUCCUGGUUCGGGUGUGGCCCGGCGGGAUGGGCGGAGUCGAGCGUAGGAGUGGCGCAGAACUGGAGCCGGAGUGUGUCUCAGAGCACGGGGGCGUGGCACUGGGGUCGGGCGUCCGUGUACGAUGGCGGCGGCUUUGUGCAGGAGCUCAGCCGAAAUACGGAGGAAUCUAGAACCCUGAUAGAAGAACUACACACACACCGGUGGCUGGAUCCACUGACGAGGGUUCUCUUCGUGGAGUUCUCCCUGUACAACACCAACACAGACCUGCUGUCCGUCCUCACCUUCCUGCUGGAGUUCCCCGUCUCCGAGCGCGCUCAGUUCGGCCUCGACCUGAAGACCUGCAGCCUGCAGACGCUCCGCCGCGGCGUCGACCUGCCGCUCUUCCUCACGCUGGUCCUGACGGCCCUGCUGUUGUACUUCUCCGUGCGGGAGGGCGUGUCCGCUCGGAGGCAGGGGUGGGGCUACUUCCUGCGGGCGUGGAACCUGGUGGGCGCGGUCACCCUGCUGCUGGCGGCCGGCGUCGUCGCCCUCCAGCUGCGCCGCUCUGUUCUGGCCUCUCGCCUCUGGGACUCGUACCUGCGCCGGAGGGAGGCGUUCGUGGACUUCUUCCCUCUGGCCCAGCAGGACCAGGUUCUGGUCCAGAUCAACGCCGCGCUGCUCUUCCUGCUGGUGCUCAAGGCGUCCCAUCAGUUACGGUUCCUGAGGGAGUGGGCCGUGUUUGGGAGGACGCUGAGGAGGUCGGUGUGGGAGCUGCUGACCGUCGCGCUAGCUCUGCUAGUCCUGCUGCUGGCGUAUUCACACACCGGGUACCUGCUGUUCCACUCCCUUAAAGACGGCUACGGGACGGUCAGCUCCGCCGGACUCUCGCUGCUGGACUCCGGGAGGCCGGGUCUGCCGUCGUGGCGGCCGGACGGAGGCUCCCACGCCUGUCCGGCGUCCUGUUUCGUUUUCCACGUCAGCUUCGCGGCGCUGCGCCUGCUCCUGCUGUGGCUGCUGAUCUCGGCGCUACUGAGGAACUACCGGCGGGUCCGGGCGGAGCUGUACAGGCCGGCGGUGGACCUCCAGGACUACGAGAUGGUGGAGCUGUUCCUGCGCCGCCUCAAGAUGUGGAUCGGCCUGAGCCGCACCAAAGAGUUCCGCCACAAGGUGCGUUUCGAGGGCAUGGAGCUCCCGCCGUCCAGGUCCUCGUCCACCAGCGACUGCAAGUCUCUCUGCCUGCCCCCUCUUGAUGCCCCCGAGCCGCCCCCGAGCCCCGACAGCGUGGACGGAGGCUCCGAGGCCUCCUGGCACCCCACGUCCGGCAGCCCGUGCGGCCUGGCCGAGGCUCCCGGGCUCAGCCUGGGCCUCAGCUUGAGUCUCGGGGUGGUACCGGGGGGUCCGGUGUGGAAGGAGCGCCCGGAGACCGAUGCCACCCUGCGCAGGGUCUUGCCGGCCUUUGACGCCUUGCUGCUCCAGCUGGACAGGGUGAAUCAGGCUACAGAAGAGCUGUACCACACCGAGUGCCGCCUGGAGACGGUCGGGAGCCUCAAAGAAGGACUCCGGGAUGGCGGUCAGGGCGCCGAAGGUCAGAGAAGACGCAAGGGGUCGCAUAGACGGCGCCACAAAGGGGACAAGGCCAAGAAGGACGUUGGCGCCCCGGAAUCUCCAAAGAAAGAAGAAGGUUCUGACGUGUGCCCUCCAAAAAUAGACAGUGUGGACCACACGAGCCCUCAAGAGGACUCGCAAAGUCCUCGGGGUGCCAACGUGGGUCCUCCGAAAGCACAAGCGGAUCUGGACAGGAAGGAGCGCAGGGCGGAUCUACGCCCCAUCAGGGUAGAAGAAAGUGCCGUGAAGAUGAAAGCAAGUGCCAGCGUGGCGGAAGCAGGUCCUUGUAGACCCUCCAAAGGACCCCGCAAGGCUCUCUCCAAAAGGAAGAAGGUCGACCCGAGCCCCGGGACCGUCGACCAACCGGCGCCCCCUCCGACGUCGGCUCCCUCCCGCGGUACCUCGACUCCCUGUUCGGCGACGGCGACCCCGGUGCCCGUCCCUCGCCCCCUGGACUGGGGUCCGCCCGGGAACGCGGCGGACCUGCCGUCCAGCCUUUUCAAUCACCCGGCGCACACCGCCACCAUGCCCACGCGCAAACGCAAGCACAAGCACGCCCCCAUGAGGAACAAGAUCCACCCCAACACCGACCGGCCCGUCUCGGGACACUGCAAGCCAGAGGGGCGCUAGGGGUUCCGCGUCGGCGCGGUCGGAAGGGGUCCGGGCCACGCGGGUCCGGGCCACGCUUGCUCUUCCCCGGAAUUCCAAAAGCGGGCAGGAGGAGA